GAGAAAGUCCCUGAGAACUAACCCCCUUUACCCCGGAGGGGGAGAGAGAAAGUCCCUGAGAACUAACCCCCUUUACCCCGGAGGGGGAGAGAGAAAGUCCCUGAGAACUAACCCCCUUUACCCCGGAGGGGGAGAGAGAAAGUCCCUGAGAACUAACCCCCUUUUAACUGUUCAAUGCCUUUUCUUUUAGCACUGUUUUUACUCACCCCUUUUAUGGCUUUUAAAAUCACCACGAUAAAUGUGAGGAGUGUAAGAACAGCAACAAGAGCACAGUCGGUUUUAUCCUUUUUAGAAAGGUUUAACUCUGAUGUGUUUUUACUACAGGAGUGUGGUCUACACUUUUUAUCCUCUUACAGGAAAUGGGAGGAUAAGUGGCAGCACGGGCCCUCCAUUUGGAGUGGCUCCAAUUUUAACAAGAACGAUGGUGUUGCCAUUUUAAUCAAGACCCCACAGGUGGUGGUGAAGGGGAGCACGGUGGUGGAUCGGGAACCAGUAUGUCCAGUGCGCGGGCUCGCUAUAGGUGAGCCCACAAUGGUUUGGCACAUCGUGGCCCAUCCUGCUCUCCUGAAUCUGCAUCGUGACCUGUCCUGGAUGGUCGCCCACGAGAUCCUCCCGGUCAGGGCCGUUAUGCACUCACGGGGCAUGGCGAGGACAUCCGCGUGCCCCCGACCAGGCUGCGGCCAAGAAGAGUCGGUGAGGCACAUGCUCUGGGAGUGCAGAGCCGCCAGGGACCUGUGGAAGGAAGCAGGCCCCCUGAUCACCUCGUGUCUGCCAGCAGACCUAACACCUCAGCUCGUGCUGUAUGGGGUGGGCCGAAGGCCCUUUCCAUCGAAGACCUUCACCAAGCUCUGGCCCACCCUCACGUGCCUGAAGGAAGCACUGUGGUCCUCCCGUAACCUGCUGGUAGCGAAAAAUGUAGAGACCACCCCCCAGGCAGUGGCCAUGGUAGCCACGGAAGCCCUGGGGUGGUACGAAAGGAAGGGGGCCUCGACCCCAGGCGAAGGGUCCUCCACAACACCCUAGGUCCCGGCGGCCACGGCCUGACAGCGCCGCGCUUAGGGCGAUGCGCCUAGGGGAGGGAUCUCCUCUGGGCCCCGAAGGACGGGACGAUGAUCUAUUCAGAAGAGCAGGAGGAGGUGAGCUUGAUAACGACUCACCCCGCUCCUGUACAAGGGACUGAAGACAGCCUUUUAACAAAGUGGCUUUUUAACAUGUUUUUCAUGUCUUAAAAAUGUUUUACCUUUGUUAGAUCAUUAGUACACAUUUUAAAUGGCUUUUACAGAUGUGAUGUUUUUACAAGGAAAGUACUUUUAUUAAUGGUUGUUUUCAUUGAUUUUAACAACAUGUACUUUUUAACAAAUUUAAAUGUAACUUUCAAAUGCUGUGUUUUAUGCUUUGUUGCCGUUUUUAUGUGUAUAAAUGAUGUAGAAAAUGUAUGAGCUGUUUUUAAAGGAAUUGUGCCAAUAAAACUUUUCCAAAAGAAAAAAAAAUCUGUUCUUAUCAGUUU